AUGGAGUUUGUUGAAGUAUGUAGUGAAGACAAAACAAAUAAGUAUAGUUUUAAGCGUUAUAAUGGUCGGCCCUUCCACAUGAUAACGCCAGGAAAUGUCAGGGAUCAACUCCAAAGGUUCGCAGAAAUCCAAUGUAGGGAGAAUGAUGUGCUAUUAUGUACAUAUCCCAGGUCUGGUACUCAUUGGGUCUACAACACUGUGCAGAUGCUAAGGUUAGGAACAUUGACCUACUCAGGGACACCUAUUGUGGCUGACUUCGAAGAUCUAAAACUAAUAGAACAGAUCGCGACACCUAGAACAUUUCUGACGCAUUUCACCUUUCCAUUGAUCCCGACAGAUGCAAAGAAGGGUGUUCCAAAGGUCAUUUUUGUCUCGAGGAAUCCGAAGGAUGUGUUGGUGUCUUAUUUUCAUUUCCUUGACAACAUGAGAAACACUGGAUUUGAAGGCGAUUUCAAUUUUUUCGUGAAGUUCUUUUUGUCAGAAGAAUAUUUCACAUCGGGUGCAUCCUGGUUCACAUAUAUGAAAGAAUGGGCAGAUGGUUUUAAGCAGCAUCCAAAAAUGCGUGUCCUGUCCAUAGCAUAUGAGGAUUUCAAGAAGGACACGUUUGGCUCUAUUGUAAAGUUAGCUGAUUUCCUGGAGGUGCAGAAAGAUCCGACAUUUUUACGAGAAGUUGAAAAAAAUGUCACUUUUGAACAUCUGAAGGAAGGUCAUUCGAAAAUAACAGGAGAAAUAGACAGAUGGUCAGUGGUGGAUAAGAACGGCAGGGUACCCAUUUACAGGAAAGGUAAAGUUGGUGAUUGGAAGAACAUGUUCACUGUGGCACAGAACGAAUACUUCGACGCCGUGUAUCUGGAGAAAAUGGCAGGAUAUGAAUUUGCGUUUGAGUACGAAUAA